AUGUUCCGUAGUGUAUCUAGAAGCGCCAUUUCCACUAGCCGUUGCGUCUUUUUAUCAGGGUCAUCACUCUCCUCCCGCCUUCUCUGUUCACUUGGAGGCCCGCCAUCCGACGAAGAAGAUUCAUCAGGAAUGUCCAGAAUUGCGAACGGUGAGCCAGCUGUCGUGCGAGCCCGUGGCCAACACAAAGGAACCAUCAUCUUCCUUCAUGGACUCGGAGACCAAGGAACAGGGUGGGCUGAUGCUUUCAGCACCGAAGCCCGACAUGACAACAUCAAAGCAAUCUGCCCACACAGUGCUGAACGUUCUGUGACUCUCAACAUGGGAAUGCGUAUGCCUGCUUGGUAUGAUCUGUUCGGUCUCGAUGCUACUGCACGUGAAGAUGCUGAUGGAAUCCAGGCAGCUGCUCAAUACGUUCACCAUUUGAUUGACGAGGAAAUCAAUGCCGGUAUCCCCGCUGAUCAUAUCGCCGUUGGCGGAUUCUCAAUGGGCGGUGCUCUUGCCAUCUAUGCCGGUCUGACAUAUCCAAAGAAACUAGGUGCCAUCGUUGGGCUUAGUUCAUUUUUCUUGCAAAGACAGAAGUUCCCAGGGAGCUACACUGCGAACAACGCCACACCCAUUUUCCUUGGACAUGGAUCUCAGGAUUUCUUGGUUCCACUUCAAAUCGGUCAGAUGUCUGAGGGACUCAUCAAGCAGUUCAAUCCAAAUGUUGAGAUGCAUGUCUACAGAGGGAUGCAACAUUCCAGCUGUUCAGAGGAAAUGCGUGAUCUGAAGACAUUCCUCAGCAACCACAUCGCCAAGUAA